GCCCCGGGGGCCCCCCGUCCGCCCGUCCGCCCGUCCUUCCUUCUCCUCCCGUGCAUGAUGGAAACACCAUGGCUGCGGCAGCCCAGCUCUCCCUGACACAGUUGUCAAGUGGGAAUCCUGUAUAUGAAAAAUACUAUAGACAGGUUGAUACAGGCAACACUGGAAGGGUGUUGGCUUCAGAUGCUGCUGCAUUCCUGAAAAAAUCAGGGCUUCCAGACUUGAUUCUCGGAAAGAUUUGGGAUUUAGCCGACACAGAUGGCAAAGGUGUCCUGAACAAACAAGAAUUCUUUGUUGCUUUACGGCUUGUGGCAUGUGCCCAGAAUGGAUUGGAAGUUUCACUAAGUAGCUUGAACCUGGCUGUUCCUCCACCAAGAUUUCAUGACUCCAGUAGUCCUUUGCUAACCAGUGCGACCUCAGCCGCUGAGCUCCCGUGGGCUGUAAAAUCUGAAGAUAAAGCCAAAUACGAUGCAAUUUUUGACAGUUUAAGCCCAGUGGAUGGAUUUUUGUCUGGUGAUAAAGUGAAGCCAGUGCUGCUCAACUCUAAGUUACCUGUGGAAAUCCUUGGAAGAGUUUGGGAGUUGAGUGACAUUGACCAUGAUGGAAAGCUUGACAGAGAUGAGUUUGCAGUUGCCAUGUUUUUGGUGUACUGUGCACUGGAGAAAGAACCUGUGCCAAUGUCCUUGCCUCCAGCCCUGAUGCCACCUUCUAAGAGAAAAACGUGGGUUGUAUCCCCUGCAGAAAAGGCUAAAUAUGAUGAAAUCUUUCUGAAAACUGAUAAGGAUAUGGAUGGAUAUGUAUCUGGACUGGAGGUCCGUGAAACCUUUCUGAAAACAGGUUUACCUUCUGCCUUGCUAGCCCACAUUUGGGCACUAUGUGACACAAAGGACUGUGGGAAGCUUUCAAAAGACCAGUUUGCCUUGGCUUUUCAUUUAAUCAAUCAAAAGCUAAUAAAAGGCAUUGACCCUCCUCAUAUUCUCACUCCUGAGAUGAUUCCACCAUCAGACAGGUCCAGUUUACAAAAGAACACCAUAGGAUCAAGUCCUGUUGCAGAUUUCUCUGCUAUUAAGGAACUAGAUACCCUUAACAAUGAAAUAGUUGACCUGCAGAGGGAAAAGAACAAUGUGGAACAGGACCUUAAAGAGAAGGAAGACACAGUUAAGCAGAGGACAAGUGAGGUUCAGGAUCUUCAGGAUGAAGUUCAGAGGGAGAGCGUCAAUCUGCAGAGACUACAGGCCCAGAAGCAGCAGGUGCAGGAGCUCCUGGAUGAGCUGGAUGAGCAGAAAGCCCAACUGGAAGAGCAGCUCCAGGAAGUCAAGAAACAGUGUGCUGAGGAGGCCCAGCUGAUCUCAUCCCUGAAAGCCGAAAUAACUAGUCAAGAAUCUCAGAUCUCCACUUACGAGGAAGAGCUGGCAAAAGCUAGAGAGGAAUUAAGUCGCCUACAACAAGAAACAGCUCAAUUGGAAGAAAGUGUGGAGUCAGGAAAGGCUCAGCUGGAACCUCUUCAGCAGCACUUACAAGAUUCCCAACAGGAGAUCAGUUCAAUGCAAAUGAGACUGAUGGAAAUGAAAGAUCUGGAAAAUCAUAAUAACCAAUCAGAUUGGUGCAGUAGCCCACAGAGCAUUCUUGUAAAUGGUGCUGCAGAUUAUUGUAGUCUCAGCACCAGCAGCAGUGAAACAGCCAACCUCAAUGAACCUGCUGAAGGCCAGAACAACCCAGAGUCUGAACCCAUACACCAGGAAUCAUCAGUGAGAAGUAGUCCUGAAAUAGCACCUUCUGAUGUGACUGACGAAAGCGAAGUUGUGACUGCAGCUGGUAAUGAAAAAGUUAUUCCCAAAUUUGAGGAUGACAAGCAUUCAAAAGAGGAAGAUCCAUUUAAUAUAGAAUCAAGUUCACUGACAGAUCCAGUCGCAGAUACAAACCUGGAUUUUUUCCAGUCUGAUCCUUUUGUUGGCAGUGAUCCUUUCAAGGAUGAUCCUUUUGGAAAAAUUGAUCCAUUUGGUGGUGAUCCUUUCAAAGGUUCAGAUCCGUUUGCAUCUGAUUGCUUCUUUAAGCAGCCUUCUGUUGAUCCCUUUACCACUUCAAGUACAGACCCUUUCAGUGCGUCCAGCAACAGCAGUAAUACAUCGGUAGAAACUUGGAAGCACAAUGACCCAUUUGCUCCUGGCGGAACAGUUGUUGCUGCAACUAGUGAUUCAGCCACAGACCCUUUUGCUUCUGUUUUUGGAAAUGAAUCCUUUGGAGAUGGAUUUGCUGACUUCAGCACAUUGUCAAAGGUCAACCAUGAAGAUCCUUUUAGUCCUUCCACAUCAAGUUCUGUCAGCAGUGUGCUCACUCCAAACACUGCGUCAGAGGAGCCGUCCACCAGGAGUGAGGAUGUACCUCCAGCACUGCCGCCCAAGACUGGAACCCCAGCCAGACCCUGCCCGCCACCCCCUGGGAAAAGACCCAUCAACAAAUUGGAUUCUUCUGAUCCCUUUAAACUGAAUGAUCCAUUUCAGCCUUUCCCAGGCAACGAUAGUCCCAAAGAAAAAGAUCCUGAUAUGUUUUGUGAUCCAUUCACUUCUUCUACUGCCAAUAAAGAGGCUGACCCAAGCAGUUUUGCUAACUUCAGUGCUUAUCCCUCUGAAGAAGAUAUGAUUGAAUGGGCAAAGAGGGAAAGUGAGAGAGAAGAGGAACAAAGGCUUGCCAGACUGAACCAGCAGGAGCAAGAAGACUUGGAACUGGCCAUUGCGCUCAGCAAAUCAGAGAUCUCAGAAGCAUGAGGGGCCUUCGCCCUCUUCAGCAGCACAGUGCUCUUCCUCUUGAACGCUGAGGCUGUUUACCAUGUGCAUCAAGCUACCUAUGAGCAUGGGAUACAAAAGGUUUGAGAUUCCUAUAAAUGUGACAAAAGUCUAGUCUGGUUUUUUUUUGGGGGGGGGGGGGAGCUAUUUCAAAUGUGUCUUUUAUUUUUCCUUCCAACAGCAGUACCCUAACUAGACAGCUUUCCCUAGCCCCUGCUCUGGUGUGCAUUUACAGUGAGCUCUUGCCUGCUUGUACUAUUCCCUGUAAAGCUAGAGCACCAAGCCUUUGCCUUCUGAAACCUAGCCGAUGUAGUUUCCCGCUGUGCUACCCUUCUUCUGUAGUUACUGUGGUAGCGACUGCAUUCUCAGAGUGCAAGUAUUCUCCCUGAGCUGAGAGGCUGAAGGAGGGGAAGGGAAAGAGCGUCCUGUUCCUUCUCAUCGGUACAAAGUCGCCACUUUAAAGGGCAUUGUAUGUACUUCUGGAGAAAAUACAAUUAGUUUGUUAUUUAGAGACGGGGAAAUAUUCUGCAUAAAUCGACUCCACUAUUGAAAAACUAGAUGAAUUAAGAUAAACCAUUAUUGCUCCAGGCUCGUGUAAGUCCUGAAUAAAAGCAUUAAAGCCUUGUUUGUGAAACAUGUUUUUAAAAGAAUUUUUUCUGGGCUUAAAGAAUUUUAAGAUUAACAGAUACCUCACCACAUGUUUCCUAGUUAAAAACCAUCGAACAGAUCAAUCUCUUACAAAUAAAAUUUAUAAAGAAAUGUUCAUUUUAAGUGCUAGUGAGGAAAAUUUGUAUAUUAAAAUACAACCUGUCAAUUUUAGGUAAGUGAACACUUAGCCUGCACCCAUUCUGCCUUUGUGGCUGCACUGGCCUUAGUUCAUAAGUGUCCUGAAGUCUAGGAAGCCAGAAUUGGAAGAAGGUACUUUGAUUUUCAUUAUGUGCUUUGUUUAUUUAGUGAGGGCGCAGCUUUUUGCAAUGAUAAAUGGAAGAAGUAACUUUUGUUGUAUCGUCUUGCUUUUUGUUCAUUUUUGUAGUUUGUUACUUUAAUUAUUUGCAUUUUUUUAACCUAUAAAAUUGACAAACUACUCCACCCACACCACCACCACCCCAAUUCCUAGUUUUUAAAUUGAGAGAAAAAGAAACAGACUUGCCAAAGCCCAUCUUGUUAAAAGCCCAUCUUCUGCUAGGUUGGCCCACAGACAGCUGAAUUUAAACAUUAGUUACUAAUUAAGUGUUUUCAAUACCAAGAUGAAGAAAAAUGCCCCUACAAACUAAAGUUCUCUAUGGCCGCCAACUUAGGGUGGUUUUAACCUGCGUUAACCAGGGUAGCUCACUGCCUGGCCUGUAACAAAGCCCUCAGUGUCCAACCCGUCCACCUUGAAAUGGUGCUUUCUGUUCUUUCCACACACUGUUGGAUGCCUGGGAUUUAAAACAAACUUAAACCACUUUCUUGCACUGCUGACUUUUUUCUACCUUUGUAAAUAAAUACUUUGCCAUAAAGUCAUACAUAUGAAGUAAGGGCUGAAUCAUAGUCACAAGGCUUUAGUGGGGUAACUAGUCCGGUGGCCUCAGUAGUUGUUGCCAGCGGUGAUGGAAGGUGGUGUUGGGCUGUGAUAGGCAGUGCUUCUGUUUGUUCCCUUCCUCUGACGCCUCAGGAGAAAGGUAAGUUGACUUGAAUAACCUUCUUUUGCACUGAGAAAAAUUAAAAAUGUUUGAAAUGCUUUAAAAAAAAUUUAAUUAAAAAACCACUCUGGAAAUAUUAAAUAUCUAUAACUUAUAUAACUUUUGAUGCGUGGUGAGCGUGCCCUAAUCUUCAGUGCACUUAGCUGGGUCAUAGAGACUCUUAUCCUUUGUUAAGAUGUGUAUGCUCAGUGGGCCAAUGUCAUACUAAAAUGUAUAUAUAUCAUAUAAACAUUUCUAUAUCUCCAUGCUUGACUGUAUAGGACGAAUGUCUUAAGUCAUUUGUGAUGUUUUAUGGUGUUGACCCUGGCUCCAAAGCCUGUGCUUGAAAAAAAGAGUUUUAACCCUCUUUUAUGUACUUGUUCAGCUUUACUUGAGCUCUCUUCAUAGAAUUUUUCUCAUGUUUCAAACUUACAAAUUGCAGUUGUAAUUAUGAAAUAAUAAACUUUAAGAAAUGAAA